ACGGCGUGUGCACAGUCGUGUGGAGAAGCACACUUCUAUGGACGCAUAUGGCGACGCUAGCGCCACCGGUAGCUAACGGGACAUCAUCCAACAACCGGCUAGCUGUCCCAAACUUCCACGGCGGUCGUGACCGGAAAUACAGUCUCCCCUCGCAACUCCAAAGGAGGCCGUCGCUCUCCGGAUACGCGGCUGCGAUAGAAACAGCCAAGGAAAAUGCACGCAGGCGAAAGUUGAGUCAAGUUGGACAGGUGGUCACUCACAGGCUUUCAACGACGAUAGGGUGGAAUGUGGCGCCAGUGUCGACGCAGGAGAUAACGGAACAAGCUAAGAGUUUGUGUGGACGUUAUUUAAGGGCGAAACUCAAGAGCUGUGGUCCGCUGCAUAGGAAGUUGGGUCUGCAAAGGUUGAAAAGUGUGACCAACUUCGCCGGCGGAUACUUGACUAAUGAUGUGGCGCACCAAUUAAGGAUGCUGUGUUCGGAGCUGGAGCGCACUUAUCCCGACUUGUUCCAGACGGUAACGGGCAACGUCGGGUUACACGCACUUCCGACGGAGGCAGCUGCACAGAACGUACUGGAAGCUGUCGCGAGAGAGCUCUUCCGUAACGAUAUCACCUGGGGACGGAUCGUGGCCCUGUAUUCAGUGUCUGGAGGCCUUGCCGUCGACUGUGUGAAACUCGGUCACCCGGAGUAUGUUCUGGGUCUCGUCCAAGCUUUGGGACUCUUCGUCGAGAGAGAUCUCGCCGCCUGGAUCGGCCAACAAGGGGGAUGGACGGCGUUGGUGUCUCGCUUCCGCAACGAGCCAUCGAGCCGAUCGACAGCCAUCGACUUGUUCCUAAUCGUCUCUGGUCUACUUCUUCUCGUCCUCCUGGUAUACUUUUGGCUAUCCUGACGGCGUGCCUGAACUUGAUCCCAUCCAAGUGUUCCUUAAAGACUACCCGCCAACUCCUCUGAAAGUGACUGCGUGCUCUACCUUUGUGUGGCUUCACCUUCGUGCUCCAACCUGAGUGAGCAGUGAAUGCAUCGUUAUAUAUAGUGCCCUCAGCGCAGCCUCAAAAAAUCCAUGCGGGGAUUACGCAAAGGCCAAAUGACAUAGGACAUCAGUGAGGCUUUUGCCAUUGUCAGUUGGUUUAUGUUUUUUCAAAGUAUUUCGCAUCUUAAUAGACAGACAGAAAAAUAACAGUUCGAGAAAGAACUUGGACAUGUCCGUAUUUUUAACUUUAAAGGGUUCUUCAAAAGCACGCUCUUAAAACAAUACUUGACCGCGUAGCACGCUCCUAGCCAACCGUCAUCCCGAGUGACAUCUGAUUUGUUGAAAACGGGUGCGCCCUCUUCUUGUGUGGCAGUUAUGUAAGUGUCGCCAGCCCCAUCUCAUCGUCGUCUCUUUAUGUGUGUGUGUAUGUUUGUGUCACAAAAAUAAAAAAUAAAAGGCGUACGCCUCCCGUUUUCAACGAACGAUGUCAUGAUGUCAUGGAACGACGUCACGAUGUCACGAACGAUGUCAUGGGCUGAUGGUUGGCUAGGAGCGUGCUAUGCGGUCAAGUUCUAUUUUAAGAGUGCAACACGCCAGGAGAACCUUAGCCAUCAUUUCGUGCUCCAAGAUUGCAGAGGUGAAUCCAAUGUCAGCGUCCACAAUGAAGAACUCUUGAAGAACGGUUAUUUUUCUGUGUGCUUUAAAUAAGUUGAAGCAUCUACAUGAAUGACGAUGGGAUGGAGCAUCUAAGUUAUGUCGUGUAAAGUGAAAUUUUGUAUUAGCUACGUAGAUAGCAGUGUGAACGUUAAUAAACCGACUUUAAGAUAG